AUGCUCUUGCUCUUGCUGAUCCUUUGCCACUUCAUUAGUUGCCUCUGGUACGCCAUCAGCUAUAACGCUGAUGGCGACAAACGAUGGUUGGUUCGCUACGGAAUGGAGGGAUUGAAGUGGAACUACUUGUACGCGACUUGUUUGCACUGGUCCCUGACGCAAUUCACUCCAGCGCCCAUCGAUAUUCAGCCGCAAAAUAUGUCCGAACGUGUCUUCACGAUCUCUGUGGUGGUGUCCGCUUUGGUGGGCUUUUCUUACGUUGUCGGUAGCAUCACGGGGAGCCUCGCGCAACUCCGGAGUCUCAAGGAGGAAGAGUCGAACAGUUCUGGGAUUUGCGGGUGUACUUGA